GUGGUGGGGCCGGUUGGGACAGUCUGGGCACAUUCCUGGGCACGGGCACUGCCAGCAAGUUGGGGUCCUGAAGCUUGGGGACUGCAGCAGAACCAGGGGACAUCGGAGGAGACCCCAAGAUGAACCUCCUGGCACAGGUGAGCUCCAUGCUGCAGACCCUGCAGGACAAGGUCCCCCCGUUCCUCCAGCCCUGGCACUGGCUGAGCUCCUGGGUUGGGUCCCAGUGCCACCGGGGUGACCGUGAGUAUUUGUCCUUCCAGGUGAGCAGCUCCAAGCAGGCAGUGGCAGGAGUUGCGAGCACGGCGGCAUUCUUCCUCUGUGAGGGGCUGCUCGGUCAACACUUUGAUGUUGUGCCCAACGGGGUGGCAGAGCCUCAGCCUGGGGACCUCUUCCUCUUCCCACUGGCCUCAGGUGGCCCUGGUUGGUGGGGUGCCCAUGCUGGUGUCUAUUGUGGCAAUGGGGAGAUCAUCCACCUGGAAGGCACCUCAGGAACGUCCCCAACAGGGAUCGUGGCCAAGCACAGUAAGAGCCACCUCCUGCGGACACGGGGCCCUGCCAAGGUGCUGCGGAUGAAGCAGGGGCUGGAUGCAGCCACCCUGCAGCAGCGGGCCCAGGCAGCCAUGGACAUGGUGCUGGAGUACGAUGCUGUCACCUGCAACUGUGUCCACUUCGCUCUUGCCCUGCUGGGGCUGGGCCAGCUUGCUGGGGACAUGAUGUCCCCAGAGCUACAGUGAAGAAGGUGGUGAUGCGACCUGGGAAGCACGCAGGGCUGGAGCAUCCUUCCUGGGCCACCGGCGGGAUGUGGGAUAAAGGCUGGAGGGUGUGGGGUAUGGGAUGUGGGGUGUGGAUGUGGGGUGCAGGAUGGGUGCAGGGUGUGGAUGUGGGUGCUGGCAUGUGCCCACAGCUUUUCAAUAAAAGGUUGCAUGUGAAACCCUGCACCACUGCAGCAUGAGGACACCACAGCAACUUGUCUGUUACGGGGACAAAUGCUGGCUUUAAGCCCCUCGGCCACCACCUGCCCCAGCGGGAGAUGCCCAGCACCAGCAUUGGGCUUUUCCACUUUUGCUUUCCUUUCUCAGAAGCCCAACACCACCCCCCCUUCCUGCCUUCCAAGAAAAAAGUGGCUGCUUCCUGGUGUCCCCUGCACAUAAACUCACCUUUGUCCCUCAGGUCACUGCCUCCUGCCUGGAGGAGAGAGGGCAGAGGAGCCCUGUUGGCAUGGGUUGUUCCCAAUCCCCCCAGCUCCUUGUGCACCCCCCGCCACCUCACUCAGAGCAGCAGAAGCAGAAAAGUCUUCGGCUCUGUGUGAACCUCUCUGCAGCAACUGAAAUACCAGUGUGUUUCUACCAGUAUUUUCAUCAAAAAUCCCAAACACAGCAUCACACCGGCCUCUACAAAGAAAAUUAAUUGUCUCCCAGCUGAAACCAUGACAAUAUCCACCCUUUAUUCCGUGUCACUUACACCAUGCUCAGGUCCCACGCUUUCUAAGACAUUCGCAUUAGCCACCACCCUUUGAUUAAUACACAAAGAUAAUUGCCUUAGUCUAUGGACACCUGCCAAAUGUCCAUAAAAUGUCUGUUGAGUUCUUU